AUGCAACUGUUAAAUCAUAAUCAACGACCCUGGAAAACCUUUAGUUUCGGUUUUACCAUCGUCAUUCUUACGAGUUUUCUUUUCGAAAACAUAUUAGCUGAAUAUGAUUGUUCAGCAAAAGACGAUGGCUGGUAUUAUGAUCCCGAAUUUUGUCACAUCUAUUGGCGAUGCAUACAUGGCGCAUCGGAAGAGUUCGAAUGUGCCAGUGGUACAGCAUGGGAUCAUCAUGAGAAUCGUUGUAAUUGGCUUGAUAGUGUUGAUUGUUCACGUGCUGAGAAAACAACAGCUAAACCCAUAGCUGAUUAUGAUGAUGAACAAGAACUAGCAGAAGAAAAUAAUCAUAAUCAUAAUAAUGAAGAUGAUGAUGAACCACCGAUUGUUGUUGUUAAAAAGACUAAAAAGAAAAAAAAGAAACAAAAAAAAAUCGAAACAAAAUUACGAAAACUUGAUGCUGAUGAGAAUGAAGGCAAAGAUUAUGAGAUUUAUUUUGUAUCAUAA